CCCCGCCGUCCGCCGUCGCACGCUCGGCAUUUCCUCCAGGGCACACUCUCACACCGCAUCCAUCUCAUUGACGACCACACCAUACAAGCAUAGGAACACCAACAAGCUUCACCUCAAGGCGAUUAUGGCUCCUAAACUCAUCCUCAAGUACUUCGACAAGGCCGGUGCGGCGGAGCCGAUCCGCUGGGCAUUGGAAAAGGGAAGUCUCGAGUGGGAAGACAAGCGCUUGACCAGGGAGGAGUUCGGGGCGCUGAAGCCAAGCCUACCGAACGGACAGGUUCCUGUCCUCUCCAUCGACGGUUUCGAGCUCGCCCAGAGCAUGGCUAUCCUCCGCUACGUCGGCAAGCUUGGCGGGCUUAACCCCAGUGACGACCUGGCCGCGGCAAAGUGCGACGCGAUCAUGGACUGCGUCACCGACUUACACAUCAACAUCCGGCCCUCGUUCAUGGAGAAGGACGAGGCCAAGAAGAUGGAGAUGCGUGCGGAUCUGGCGGCCAACUUCAUCCCUAAGUGGCUCUCGAACAUGGAGAAGCAGCUCUCCUCGACCGACGGCACCUUCUUCUUCGACAAGAUGACUGUGGCGGACAUUAUGAUUGCCUGCCGCCUUCACCCCAUGAGGAACGGUGUCCUCGACGGCAUCCCGACUACCAUCGCCGACUCCUACCCUUCCCUCUGCGCUAUGUGCGACGCCGUCGUCUCGGAGCCCAAGGUCGCGGCAUUCCUCGCCAAGCACGCUAAGUAGGACGUUCCAACAUAGAGCAACGCUGAUGGCGCCGUCAUAUCGCCGGCGUUUACCGCCCACACAGCAGCAGUAGUAUUGGGAACUUCCGACCGGGGUACUACCGGGACAUGGUGUCUCUUGUCUGGGACAAAUCGAUCGCCAGACUGUCGGCUUGUUCGACACGUAGAAGCGGCGGGUUGGUUUGCCGUGCUUCCCGCAAGAUACACAAGAGUCAAGGAGCAGUGCACCACACUUUCCGUCAUGAAUGUUUGUGUUGUUUGUGUCUUUCGUGUCGCGCGUUUGCUGCGCGAACGUAACGUGGAAGUGGUGUUUGUGCUUUACGGUGUCAUGUUUUUUUUGUACGUCGUUGGCGUGGUAUUGUGGUUUGGUGGUUUCGUGCGAUGUUGUUGGUGGUUUGGCUCCUUGCGAGGUGGUACGGUACUGCGUGGUCAAGCUUGAGUUAAAUAUAUCGCUGAACCUAUGUAGUUGCCCACAAUUCUGUGGCUUGUAUCUGCCUCGUUUGGAAUGCAUUUUGCAACGGUCCAAAUGAUCUCUCGCGCUGUGUCGGCGGAUGAGGUGAAUGAAUGCUUAUUCAGACAAGGGCUAAGUGUGUGUUUGUGGAGGUGACCGUUCACUCAAGAGGUCACAUCUCCCCCAAGGUCCUUGGACAACCAUUUCCCCCUUUUCACGAGGGCACAACAGGCAUGGUAUCGCUCCCCCGCCCAGCAACGUGUAAGUUUGUUUUGCGGACGGAAGUCACUUUCACCUGACCGCUAUAGUCCACGCCAGCGCUCCCUUCCGAGACUGGGCAAGACGCAUGUGCUUCACACAGAUACCAAACAUAAGCGGGAGGAAAACCUCUCUGGUACUCUGGUGCGGGUCUUCAGCACACUGCGGGCACAACACCGUUGACCGUAGAGCAAUGGGGGAUAUUCGAAGAA